UUAGGAAGAGACACAUUUGUCCAGAGGUACAAACAUGCUCCUAAGAAUUGGUUUCCUGAUAUUCCUUGCAUCAGCAUUAUCUGCCUUUGAAAGAGAACAGCAUGCACCUGCAAUAAGAAAAACUCGUUUUGUAGCCAACAGUCCAACUGAAGUGGUCCGCUGUCUGAACAAUGCACCACAAGUAGGUUGUAGCACAUUCUCCUGCCUGGAAAAUUCUACCUGUGACACUGAUGGUAUGCAUGACAUCUGCAACAUCUUUCUCCAUGCAGCAGCAGUUUUUAACACAGAGGGUAAGACCUUUGUCAAGGAGAGCAUCAAGUGCAUUGCCAAUGGUGUCACCUCCAAGAUUUUUCAGACCAUCCGACGCUGUGGCACCUUCCAGAAAAUGAUAACUGAUGUGCAAGAGGAAUGUUACAAAAAACUGGACAUCUGUGGAGUAGCCCGCUCAAACUCUGAUGCCAUUGGAGAAGUGGUGCAGGUGCCCAGACAUUUUCCAAACAGGUACUACAGCACACUGCUGCAAAGCCUUUUGGACUGUGAUGAGGAGACAGUUGAAGUGGUCCGCUCUGGGCUAGUGGCUAGGAUUGACCCUGAAAUGCUCACCCUCUUUCAACUGUUGCAAAAGAAGCCCUGUCCCCAGGACUUUGGUCAUAGUACUGCUGGUAUGGAUGGCCAGGAGGGCUUCCGCUGGCCCAUGGGAGCACCUAUGUUCAAGAUCCAACCUGAUUUGCACAACAGGGAACCAAAUCACCUCUUUGCCAGGAAACGCUCAGUUGAAGAAGAGGCAUUGAACACCAAGAUGCUAAACAUAUUAAAAUGAAAUAAUUCCGAAGAAGUUUUUUUUUACCUAGCACAAAUACAGUCAAUCAGCCAUGACAUAUAUGGUAUCCAAAAUAUAUCUUUAUAAGUGCUGCACCACAUAUUAUAAAAAAAAAAAUAAGUUAUAGAAACCUCUGACUAUAUGUUAGCAUCUUGCAUAUAGCAGUUUGUAAUAUCAUGCACUUCCUUUAAAUAAACAAAUAAUGUUGAACAUA